UUCUGCGUCUCAAUCAGCUCUCCUUCAUCCGGCGCGCUCCUCUCUCUCUCUCUCUCUCUCUCUCUCUCUCUCUCUCUCUCUCUCUCUCUCUCUCUCUUAUCCUCAUCCAUCAGCUCUGCAGGAUCAUGAAUGGUGAUUAAUAAAGAACGCCAGGUCCAGUGGGGAGAGUUCGGAGCCGUUAGUAGAGUGUGUGUGUGUACAUGACCCUGGCCCUAUGAUGAUGAUGAAAGGCCUUUCCAGCAGCCGCAGCCACCACCACAUGGUGGCCUGCGAGCCUUCGUAUGACCCUAUGGGUCACCAUGGUGAUCGCAAGCCCUACCUCAUCAGCCAGAUUGAGGCUCCGCCUCCUCCUGAUCAUCCGUAUUAUUCCUCACGGAGCUCGUACCAGCCGGACUGUGUGGUGCCGUACGGUACUUUCCCACGGCGCCACUACAGCACAAGCCAUGAGCCUAAAGAAGAGUGUGCUGUCGUCCCCUACACGGGUGGUAUGGGACCUGCAGGAAAAUGUCAACAAGUGCCAGUUAACCUGCUGGAACAUCUGGAUCGGCAGCUUCCAAUGGCACGGGAUGGCUAUCACACGCUGCAGUAUAAACGGGCAGCGGCUGCGGCCGCUGCAUUAGAGCAGCGCAACGAUAGUCCAGGGCGUAUACGGCACUUGGUGCACUCAGUGCAGAAACUGUUUACCAAGUCACACUCAUUAGAAGGGCCUCACCAUGGAGGACAUGGGCACGGACACAGUAAGAGCAGUAUGAAUGGAAGCAAAGCUAGUCCUGAUGGAGAAAACACGCCAGCACCAACACCACGGCAGCGCAAGCGGAGCAAGAGCCGCGAGCGCUGCAAAUCAGCCGAGCCCAAGCAGCGGACACCACCCUCGGGAUACUGGAGCUCAGAUGAGCUGGAGCGAGAUGUCUGCCCUCUGCGCCAUGCUGCGCCUGGCAUCAUGACUGUAGGGCGUCAUCCGGAGCGGGCACAGUCUCAGUACUUCCUGGAGGCAUGUGGAGCUGAGCCGACGCUGAAGAACUCGCGCAGCAGCAGUGAUGUGGCCAAGUGCACGACCUGCGCCAUCACGGCACCGGGCUCAGACGUGGCACAGCUGGCAAAGAAGAGUGCAUGGUCGUCCUCUCUCACGGUGAGCAGGGCACGCCAGGUGUACCAGCAGGCUGCUGUAAAUCUAGAUAAGGCGCUAGUGAAAGCAGAGGCUUGUCAGCAGGAGCGCACUUGCCAAUUCUUGCAGGUGCCUCAGGACGAGUGGGGGGCUUUCCCCAUGGGGAAGGAAGAUGACAUCCCAUGCAGACGCAUGCGCAGUGGGAGCUACGUUAAAGCCAUGGCCGAGGACGACAGUGGUGACUCUGAUGGAAGCCCCAAACCGUCACCCAAGAUGCAGGCGAGACGAGCCAGCUACCUCAAAGCUACGCAGCCAUCACUCACAGAAAUGACCACGCUCAAUAUUUCUACAGAACAUUCUCCGAAGCUACAGAUAAGGAGUCACAGCUACCUGCGGGCUGUCAGCGAAGUUUCCAUCAACAGAAGUAUGGAGAGUCUGGAUCCUAAAGCUCUUCUCGCCUCACCUCAAUACCGCUCACGAAACGAGAGCUACAUGAGGGCUAUGAGCACCAUUAGCCAGGUGAGCGAGGUUGAGGUGAACGGUCAGAUCGAGGCCGUGUGUGAAAGUGUCUUCAGCGAGAUGGAGUCUCAGGCCGUGGAGAGGGCUGCACUGGACUUGCCGGUUCCCGGAUGUUUCCGGAUGCGGAGUCACAGCUACGUGCGUGCCAUCGAUCAGGGCUGCUCACAGGACGAGGAUGGACCAUUGUUGCCCGCGUCACCACCACGGACCACCACCACGGUCCGGACCAUUCAGAGCAGCACAGUGUCGUCGUGUAUCACCACCUAUAAGAAGACGCCUCCACCAGUGCCUCCGCGCUCCUCCACCAAGCCCUUCAUUAGCAUCACAGCUCAGAGCAGCACCGAGUCGGCGCAGGACGCCUACAUGGAUGGCCCGGGUCAUCGCCAUGGCGACACAGCACUGCACUCUGCCCUCAGUAACUCCACAGAGAGCAUUGACAGCAUGAAGGCUCUGACGGCUGCCAUCGAGGCAGCGAACGCACAGGUGCACGGCCCUGCGAGUCAACACGUCAACUCCAGCAACACUGGUGGCCCCACCUCGCCACUCCCCCGGCCCCUGCCCCUUCCCCUGCCCCUCCCUGUCCCCGUUCCUGUCCCCAUACAGGUCCCCACACAGGAGGAUUCACACAGAGAUGCUCUCCGCAAGGGCCGGUGUCUGUCCAUCGGCAUACAGGUCGAUGGACCUGAAGAUCAGGAGGCAGAGGACCAGUCAAAGUUUCAGUCAGUAGGAAUUCAAGUCGAGGACGAGAGAAGUCAUCGCCGGAUCAUGCGCUCUAACAGCGUGACGGCGGCGGUGCAGGCCGACCUGGACAUGCCCGAUUUCUCUCCGACCGAGGGUCCAGACAUUGACAUCACCUUCUCUCGGGAUGCCACAGCCUCCACGGUGAGCAUCCAGGGCUCAGGGAACCACUACCAUGCCUGCACCUCAGACGACUACUCCUCUGUGGGCUUCGACCCGUCCGUGCUGCCGCCUCCUGAGCCCUGGGUGGACAGCGGCAUCCCCGAAGACCCACUCCAGAGUGCACGGAGCCGCUCUGUGUGUCAGCGUGAUGGACGCUGGUUCCUCAAAUUGCUGCAGGCCGAAGCCGAUCGCAUGGAGGGAUGGUGCAGGCAGAUGGAGCAGGAAGAGCUGCACAAUGAUCUUCCUGAUGACAUUCUGGGGAAGAUCCGCAGUGCAGUAGGCAGCGCACAGCUUCUUAUGUCUCAGAAGUUCCAGCAGUUCAGAGAGCUGUGUGAGGAGAACCUGAAUCCCAACGCUCACCCACGGCCCGUGGCUCAGGAUCUGGCAGGCUUCUGGGACAUGCUUCAGCUCUCCAUUGAGAACAUCAGCCUGAAGUUCGAUGAGCUGCACCAGCUCAAGGCCAACAACUGGAGACCCCUCGACCCACCCGAGAGAAAGGAGAGGAGGUUGCCUCCCCCUGUGCCAAAGAAACCAGUGAAGUGCCAUCCUCCGUUGGCACGAGAUCGUUCUCUGGAGAGUUCAGAGAAGCAGCGGCAGGAGGCUCGUAAACGCUUAAUGGCAGCCAAGAGAGCUGCGUCUGUGCGCCAGAACUCAGCCACCGAGAGCGCAGACAGCAUUGAGAUCUACAUCCCUGAGGCUCAGACCAGACUCUGAACACCUACACACACUAUACUGCACUCACGCACAUUACUACUGAAAGCACAAACACGCCAGCCUGGUCUGAUUCAGAGAGAGGCGCGCCAACACACACACACACACACACACAGACACACACACCAUGACAUUGCAUUUGUUAUUAUCAUCUCAUCCAUAUUCACUGUUCUAGUUUAACUGUUAAAAUUAUAAAAAUAUUUAUAAUCUUCCGGUAAUAUAAAUUUUGUGAAGAAAAAAAAAAGUUCCUCAGAUUUUUUCUUUUUUUUUUUUUUAAUUCUUCAUAGAUUUUAUUGUCAAAUUAUUUUCAGAAUGUACUUGAAGCCCCUUCUACACAGUUAAAUCCCAAACUGCCUCCUAUUCACUAUAAAUGCUGAGUACAUAGAGUUUAACAUAUUAGCAUAGUGCACUAGAUACACAACGGAGCUCGGUUCGAGUUUUAACCACAUAUUAACAGCCAUAAAAACAUGUUGCGUUUAUAAAAAUAAAUUAGUCUUGUUGCAUUUUUCUACACAUACACAGAGAAACAUGAAAUGAUUUCAGUUAAAAAAAAACUUCAGUGUUAUUAUUAGAUGUAGGUUUAGCAACUGAAAGUAGAUCAUGUGUUAUGUAUUUUUUUUAUAAAUAUUCUAAAUAUUUAGAUAUAUAUUUCAUUCAAAUUAUUGUACACAAUAAAAUUUUAUAUUGAAUCAAAUUGUAUCAUAUGAUAUCGUAUCGAAUCAGCUUUGAAUCGAAUUGUUAAAUUUUUGAAAUGUUGUACAUCAGAUCAUCAGUUACAUGUUACACUCACUUCACUAGCACACGUGCAUACCCACACACACACACACACACACACACACAGUGUCCUGGCGCCGAUCGGAUGGGUGGAGUGUUUGUAUAUAUUCUGUGAUUUACUGUUCCUCUACUGCUACCAGGGACACCACAGCAGGUCUCUGGGUUUUUUUAUUUAUUUAUUUAUUUAUUUAUUUAUCUACUUACUUACUUAUCUAUUUUAAAACUCUUUCCUCUCCAAUUUUUGUCUCUGAACUCUUCCUCGCCGUGUAAAAUAUCUCUCUUCAUCUCUCCAACAUCAAACCCGUCUCCUGCUAAAGCCUGGACCACUUCUAAACUUAUCUAAUCUAAUCUAGUGCUUUUGGAACCACGGACACUCCUCAUCAUACACAACACAUCCACCUUCCUUCUCUGGAAGAGACAAUCCUGCUCAUCGUAACCCGGCCCAAGUCACACGCAAGAAAUCAGAUCAGAGGGCAAAGGUCAAGUGAUGACCUCACCUACUGGAAACACAGCAUUGUUAUUAUCCCCACGAAUGUGAACUUAAUGGAACGAUCUGGCCAAAGAUGUCUAAACUUUAGCCCUAAUGUUGUCAGUUUCAGUGUCUGUGAGUCUACUAGGCUACUGUAGCUAAUGUUCAACGACAGUCACCAAGAAUAAAUAAACACUUGAACAACAUUAUCAAGCUUUCUAAGCUCCGCCUUCAAACUUCAGGCAUCCAGAAGGGCAGCAAUGGAAACAAAGGGCUUUUAAAGGACAACACCUAAGUUUCAGUGUAACAGCAACUGGAUAUCAAGCUAGCUAGGGUCAACUCUGCACCAACAAUAACUAUUUAUGUUUAACUAACACAGUGCAGUGUCAGCGUUCAUUUAUUUAGUAUGAGGCUUAUGCUAAUUAGCCUGUUUUAGCAGAUAGGAUAAAAAACAGAACACAUUAAAUGUAACUAAACAUUUUGAGUGAGAUUGACUGUUAGCCUGAUUAGCCUCCUGUCUGAUUACAUCACUGAAUACAUUAGCGGUCGGUUUAAUCUUUCGUCAAAUCGUUCCUUUAAACACUUUAACUGAACAGAUUUUAUCUGCUGUUUUCUCCAUCGUGAGACUUUAUAUUUCUAUAUUUCCAACUGCAUUUUUCCUUAAUUGUAAUGUUUGGGUGAACCGCAGCAGCAGGACAGGGUAUGUUAUGUUAAAAAGCAAUAUUUCCUUACUAAUCAGCGUUACACUGAUGUUGUAGAGGCCUACUGCGUGUUAAAGUUGGAUUAUUGCUAACGAAAGAAGAUGCCUUGACUAUUCUGUAGCCACUUCUGUUUCCUCUACUGUCGCUUGCUAUAGUAAACGCUUCUCAGUGACUCCGCCCCUCUCCAGGAAAUGUGUUCUCUGUUUUAAAACCUGUGACACUUUUAGAAACAUAUCGUUUAGUGCAUAUUAUACAGAUUUACUUCCUUUUUUAUGUAGAAUUCAGAUCUUUUAUGGAUAUAAGCCAAUAGCGGUGCUUAAUGUAGCCCCGCCCCCUAAAAAAGAAACUUUAUCAAGUGUUUAAAUGAGACAAAAAUUAUAAAACGCAAACUUUUCAUCGUCGUACAAGUUAAGCUCAUACUUCUUAUAGCCUACUACCGUGUUUCUUUUGUUUGUUUUUUUUUUGUUUUUUUUUUAAUGUACACUGUAUUGUCGCCCAUUGGGGGAAUGGCUCUCGGUCAUGUGACUCAGUUUGUCCAAUCCUGCCAGAUGGGCCGGACUUAUCUCAGGACGAAACAUGGACGCAGUGGGCGCAGCAAAAUCAGGGUCUCCCAGUGGUCGUGUUCUGUGUGUGUGAGCGUCUGUGUCUGUGUGUGGGUGUGGGUGCGUGUGUGUAUGUGUGUUUUGCGUGUACGUCUCGAAAAGUGCUUCCUAACUUCGUUUCUGUUCGGAUGAAGUCGAGUAGCCUCCUAAAUCUGUGCACACGACCCUUAUUUUAGUCUCUAGUGUUUGUACAGAAACUUUACGCCGACACGCAUGCAGACCUGUUACCAUAGAAACACUGUAUAUCCUAUUUGUACUUUAAUUCUUGUAUUUAUUUAUUUACUAAUUUAUUUACCUUUUAAAUGUAUUUAUUUAUGGUUGAUUUUCUUUUUGUAAGGUUUGGGUUCUGUUCAGUGAUCGGUCAUAUGCUCCCUUCAUUUUGUGAAUAUGUUGUACUGUAUGUAUAGACAUGAUGUGUGCAGACAAACGACGAACACACAAUAAAUUCUGCAAACUUUUA